AUGGCGGACCAGCAACAACCUCUCUUUGGCCUGUUACCGGCCGGCCACCCGCUGAUGACGGCGCCCUCGUCCAUUCCCGGGCCGGGCUCCUUUCUCUACGUGAUCCCCUCGACCACGCCGGCCAACCCCAAGCCCUUCUCCCACCUCUCUGUGUUCCUGCUGCCCGGCGUGGCGCUGCCCCCGGACACGGCCGCCGCCAUUUACCUCAUCACCAACCCCGAGGCCCUGGCCGCCGGCACCGCCCCGCCGGCCACGCGCUUCCUCGGCGGCGUCGGCCCUGGCAAGGAGAGCGCCGUCUUCAAGCUCGGCGGCGGCCAGCAGGGCGUCGUCAUUGGCGUCAGCGUCGAGGACGCCGGCAGCGUCGCCCAGAGGAUCGAGGAGCAGCAGGCUGCCAGGGCGGGUAGUGGAGGCGGCGAGCUGGUCAAGGCCGGCGGGGCGGCAUCGGGCGGCGGCCAGCAGCCGUCGACGCAGGUUCUUGCGCAGCGCAUCAUCAAGAAUGCCUUCAACUUCCUGGCCAGUUUCAGUGGGCAGGCCGGCGGCACCGAGGUUGUGCCGCUGCGUGCAUUCGAAGAGUGGUGGAAGAAGUUCGAGAGCAGGGUCAGAUCAGAUCCCAGCUUCCUGGAGAGGGAGACAGAUUGA